UGUGGGGCUUAAAAAUAUGCAUUUUCCUUGUUUUUUAUGUGAUCUUUCAGUCCUUUCUCACAAGUUGACAUUAUUUCAUGAGAUUUUAAUACAACGGUUGUGUCAGAUGGCAUCAAUCUGCUUGUUUUUCCACCACAAAUUUAUAUCUGUUUACAUCAACCAGCUUUAGGGUGUGGAGUGACCCAUUUACUCCACCCCUCUAUUCCAUAGGGUCUGGACUAUAUAUCUGCUCAUAUUUUAACUAUAUUUGCUUCAGCAGCCUACUUCAGAGGCUACAGUAAAUGCAGGAUGAUUUAAGGUGGAUAGAGAUAAAGAGGGUGGAGGGAUAUUUCUUUAAUCUCAUACUGUGGCCAUAACUGUACCCUACAAACCUGAACGAUUCACUAAAUCAGAUAUUUUCAAACCAAUAAAGCCACAAAUAAAACACUAGGGUUGUGUUUUAUCAGUUUUUGUGUUGGUUGCAACUUAUGAUGAUCAACUACAGAUUUUUAUUCAGAAACUAAUUUCCUUUUUAUAUGUGCUCAUCAAACCCUUUUGGUUCAAAUUUGAGAAAAAGGGCAAGGACCCGGAUUAGCAGGAACACUUUAACUCCUGUUAUAAUAAAGUGCCACACCACUGUUUUAGGUUCUCUUUAUUCUUUAAUUUAGAAAAGCACCUAAUGUUACAGAUUAUCUGUUGUGAAAGUGUUUCAUUAAAUCUCCAGAGUUUGGAGUGUAUUGACAAUAGUGAUGGAGAUUGAGAGGGCAGCUAGCAUCUCCACGUGACCCACAAUUUCUAACUCAGUCACAUGGAUGAAUAGAGGGACACACGCGCAGAGAGCACUCUCCUCAUUAACUUACGAGCAGCAGCAUGUCGACAACCACACACACACACACUGAUUAUCUCAUCCUGUUAUCUCUCUGCUGUGCUCCACUCAGCUGUAUUAUCUCUCUUUACUCAUAAAGUGAAACUUGUGGAGGCUCUCAACUCUCUGUCCAGUAUGGAGGCUGUGGCCCUUUUCUCUUUCGCAGCAUCAGAAGCAGACGAGAUCAGUUUUCAGAAAGGAGACACAAUCAAGGUGACAGAAAUGGAGGAGGAUUCUUGCUGGUUCACAGCAGAGAUCCAGGGGAAGCGUGGCUACAUUCCUGAAAACUACAUUUCCCUCCUCCCUCAUCCGUGGUUUGCAGGAGCAGUUUCAAGACUUGAGGCUGAACAGCAUCUGCGCUGGCAAGAAACUGGAGUGUUCCUGGUGAGGGAGAGCGAGUCGGCCCCUGGAGAGUUUUCUCUUUCUGUUAGCUAUGGUGACAGGGUGGAGCAUUUCAGAGUCCUGGAGGGAGGUGGUCAGUACUCCAUCUGGGACAAGUCAUUUUGCUCUUUGAACCGGUUGGUGGAUUUCUACAGAACACACAGUAUUGCUGUGGAGAAAAUAGUCUGCCUCAGAGAUCCUCCCUCAUCCCCUCAUCUGCAGUCGCAUCCUGGACGUAAUCCCUAUCCCAACCCUUAUAAAAGCAAGAGUCAGGAGUCAAUCCCCGCAGCCCGACUCAAUUCUCACCUCUCUCACCCGGACCGAGAGACCUCCCCACGUUUACUGAAAACAGUUUUGGAGAAACCUCGUCUGGCUCAUGCCCUCUGCGACUACACUCCCCCUCAAACCGCUCACCUCCACUUCCUGCGUGGUGACAUCAUUGACCUGCUGGACUGUUCAAGCUCCCUGACCUGGCGUGGCCGCUGUCGAGGCCGAGUUGGCAUCUUCCCAGCAGAAUACGUUCAACCACUGCACCAUUAACACCAUAUCAGGCAUUCAGCACUGUGGCUCUAUCGCUGAAACGUGACAGUAAAACUGCAGUGACUUACUUUACUCAUCCUGAAAUCUGACAAUGGUUUCAUUUUUGUUUUAAGACCCUUUUCCAACUAGCUUUUUAUGUAAUAUAUUUACUUGAAAAUUACAUAAUUUAUAUGGACACAAGACACAAUAGUGAAGAGGCAAUUAGAGCCAAAUGCGAGUGGAUAUCCUACAUCCUUGAUUUGGGGGGGCCUCUAAAUCCAAACACCUGGGGCUUAUUUUGACAUCAUCAUUAUAUAAACUAAAUACUAAACUUCUGUAACAUAUUCAUCGUCCUUGUCCAAAUCAUGCAAAUCCAUAAGUUUUGUAUAGUCAGAGUUUGCUAAUGUGCCCGUAGUAGAAUCCUCCAGUAACAGGUGCGAUGCAUCAGGUGUGAGGAAUUACGACAACCUGAAGAUAUUUUCCUACAUGAGUUUGAGGUUAAAGAGCAAGUAUAUUCUGCCUUUCAGCAAAGUUUGAUUAAUGGGGUCAUGUUGUCAGAUCAUGUAGCUAAAGUCAAUUUGGUUUAUUUCAUAUGUGAUUUUUUUUUUUUUUUAGUUAUAGUUACUGGAAAACCGCUGGAUAAAAUAAUGUCACAAAAUUACAAUAAAUCUCAAUCACACUUC